AUGGGAAUUUCCGACCUCGAAAGAGUGAAAUUCGUCAAUUGCUUGCACGUGGACAACAGCAGCGGCUACUGGUUCGGCGGAAUCAUUCGGACGGACGAGAACUGGCCAAUCCGCUUCCGUCACAUUCCUUAUCACAUGGGUUUGACCGGAAGUGCCAGGUGGCAUGGCGAUUCCGUGAUCGGCAUCUUCGAACCGAGCUGGUUCUCGUCUCACAGUGCCGCGAUAUCGAUCAGUCGUAAAAUUCCAUUCUACACGAACCAGACGACCAACAAACUGUGCUUUAAGUCCGACAAAACUGCCAAUUACUUGAUGUACAAAGUAUGCCGUGCCAGAGACGUGGUAGACAUCAUCAGAAGUCGCGAGCAGUAUCUUCAAACGACGAGUUCUGCUGACGAUAUAGAAAAGGAAUUUCCGACCAUUGGCAGCGUGAUCAUCGACAUCGACAUCGACUCACAAGGAAACCUGUCGCACAACCUCAUGAAGGUAUGUCAGACGAUGCGCAACCUCCGGCUGCCCAUUAAGGCGAUGUACCUCAUCAAAGAGGUCGACCUGUUCCAAAAACUGGACAUGAAUGCGAUCAGCCGCACCAUUGCUGCCUGUCGCACAAACCAUACAUUUUUUGCCGCAGAGUUCGGCUGUUAUGUGCGCAUUCGUGACGUCGAGAACGAAUUCAUAGACGUGACUAUGCUGGUCAGUCAGCACAACGGAUCGAGCAUCGGGGCAGUGCAAGUACGCAACGAGACGUGCUUCGUGUUGGACUUCACCAAAUGGAAGGUGAGAUGCUGGUACGCCGACCAGGUGUGCAAAAAUCCACUUUACGCGUUGGUCGACUACGUGGCAUUUUACGGAGGCUCCGCUAGUUCGCUGCCCGUCGAAUCAACCCUGAACGUCACCCUAGGAAACCUGAAUCUGUAUUCGACGGCGUACGUCGACGUCGCGUGGUCCAUCGCCAAGGGCCUGAUAGUUGACGUGGCAUACGGUACACAAACUGUUCCACUGUUUAUCAACAUACCCACCACUCUCGAGCACGAACGAAACGUCAUCGCUAUGCUGCUGGCGGCAAGUUUGCAGGGAUACAACAUGUUCGUCAUUCAACUGGACAGCAACAUACCCGAAUAUGCGUCGAUGGACGAACAACAGCGAAACAGACUGCGUUCUUGGCUCCAGUUGGCGAUGGUGAUGCCAAUGCUGAGGGUGCCGGCGUCGAUCAUUCACAACCCAAUAUUUUACGAGAACCUUAACUACUACAAACCAAUUAGGGACAAGUACGUACUACCGCACUAUCACAAGGCCUACUUGCAAAACCGAUUAUUCGGCGACCCCGUCAUGCGACCGAUAUGGUGGUUUGCCAAGGACAGGAGUUCAUUGCUGACUUACAAUCAUCAGUUCAUGAUUGGUAAUGACCUGAUCGUCGCUGCCUUCCUGCACAGCAACGAAGUGAACUAUCGGCUAUACCUGCCUCCCGGAAAAUGGAUUAACCCGGACACCAACGUUACGAACGACGGUGGAACGGUAAUCACUGUACACAUAGGCAUGAAGUACAACGUGGUGUGUUUCAUUCGCGCUGAAAAGUUGACUGAUAAACCAUUUUAAAG